CGGGCAGGUCUUAUUUUGAGUAACAGUCACCUCCUCCUCAGGGGAACAGGCCCAAGGUACAGCGGGACAGCAGAGUGGGCACUGCUGGAUCAGCUGUUGCCGGCCACCAAAGACUUGAGCAGGUAACACAUGCAAGAUCAGGGAUGCUCAUUUCGGUUGUGUCGAUACCCCCGGCAGCAGGUGGCCCAAGACCUGAGCCCUCCCCUGGGCCCCCGCCACCCUUGCUGCCUAAACCAGGAAAGGACAACCAGCGACUUCAGAAGCUACUGAGAAAAGCUGCUCGGAAGAAGAUGGUGGGCACGGUCCCCACCCCACCUGGAGCCUUCCGUACCUCCCUGUCCCCUGUGAGUGAGGCCAGUCAUGACCUGGAGACCCCAGUCCUGUGUCCUGCUGAAGCCCCUCACACAGUGGCCCCUUUACCCCGCUCUCCACACACCCCCAUUAUUCAUCACGUGGCAUCACCCCUGCAGAAAUCCACUUUCUCUUUCAGCCUUCCCCAGCAAAGGUCUCUGGCCACUCACUUCAAGGCAUCUCCCAAUCUUGAAGCGCCAGCCCCAGAAACUGCCUGCCCCCGCGGUGGCUUUGCCCAUGUAUCUGCCCCUACAGUAGGUGGCACCCACAUCACUCAAGUGCACAUCCGGCUGUCACCAUCCUCACAUAUUGGGACUUCUGAGUCCCCCAGAAUGGCCCUGGAUGGUGAUAAAAGCCUGUGUACUUCUGGAACCCAGUCUCUCAUUCCAGUGGCUCAUAUUCGUCCACUGCCCACUGGGGUACAGUCAGUCAGUCCUGGGCCCGAGGAGCCCCCUAUAACAAGGCCACCAUCUAGCUUUCAGGCCUCAAUAAACAGAGAAAGUGGUGCUAGGGUGGUGGUGCCCAUAGCCCCUACAUACCGCUCACCUGGACCCUCACCUUAUAGCCCAGCUUCUGCAGCUCCUGAAACAAAAUAUCCAGAGGAGCUGCCCACAGCCAGGCCUGCCAUGGAGCCCAAUCAUGUCUCUAGCCUCCCGGGAGCCUCGGGCCCCUCAGGCCCCCAACCACGCCCUGCUCCCAAAGUUGCACCUAAGCCCUCCCUUAGUGGCUGGACACGUCUAAAGAAGCAGCUGAUGGAGGAUGCAAAGGAGCCUGCUUUUCCAGAGCCGGAGCUGAACCUGGAGUCAACACAACCAGAGGUGCCAGCCCCCAUGGGCCCACAGCCCCCCGUGUCCCGAGCCUCCAGGAUGUGGGAUGCAGUGCUGUACCGCAUGUCACUGUCUGAGUCCCAUAGAGGCCAGCCUGUAGGGUCUGGAGAUAGGGGCCACCCUCCGACCUGCCUCAGCCGCCUGCCUUUCUUGUGCCGACCUCGUUUCAAUGCCCGGAAGCUACAGGAGGUGGUCCGGCCCCCUCCUACCUUCCACCCAAUUCUGGAGCUGCAUUCCCAGCCCAAGAAUUUCAACCGGACUGCUGCAGGUUGGAGGCUCCAGUGAUGAAGAGUGGCCUCUGGGACUCUGGACUGUGGUAGACAGAAACUGGCUGAGGAUGUGCAUACAGAGAAGAGAGCCUUGGCCCUCACAAGUGAACAGGAUGGGUCAGCAGGGUGCAUGACCAUGGUAGCUGGGUGCUAGCUGCUAAGGGGAGGAGCCUGUUGGACAGACACAGAUCAGUUGGUGGGAACUGAUAUGGCAAGUGAGAGAAGUGACUGAAGCUGGGAACAUGUGGCUGGGGGUGGCUUGGGGUUGGGAGAAUGUAGACUGGAGAAUGUUCGUGGAUGGUGGGUGCCUAAAUUCAGGUCUAGGGUCUUGUCAGUGCAAAGGGGCUUGGAUAAGGGGGUAUUGAGAGGUACAUAGAACUGGGCAAUGGAGGAAGGAUUUUCUAUGGUUCCAUGAAUGUCCCUUCUGAUUUCCUGACAGCAAGGGCUUACUGAAUGCGUGGUGUAGUGAAAAAUCAGCCAAUUUUAACAGUUGGGUAAGGGUAGGUCAAGCUAGAGGGCUACAGAGGCAGGGGCCAGGCAUAGAGGAACCCCUAAGAUCUGCCAGACUCUCAUCAGCUGUGAGAGGAGGGAUCCACAGGGGCCAGGAGUGGCUUCCCAUUACAGCCACCAGGAUUCAGCCAGGGUCGAGCUGGCAGCCCCACCCAGGAUGUGAUUACCCAGGGUAUUACGGUUGUGGAUGGAGCCACCAAUAAAUGUAUGUACGCUACACAGA